AUGUCAUCAGCUGCCCUGUCGCAUCAUUUCGGUCAAGGCCAGAGCUCUGAGAAAGGCGGCGUCCUUGGAGGAGUUCUCACAGUCUCCCCAGCUCACCGAAACACCCGCAAAGUCUUAGAAAUCUUGAAAGAAGGUUGCGGAAUUGUUGGGGAUGAAAUGCGACUUCAAGGAUGGUCUGUAAUCAUUUUCAAUGUCUACCUCCAAUCGGGAUCUUCCCUGCAAGGGGAGGUCAACAGCAACAUUUUCGCUAAAUUCCUGUCUGUGGUUCAGGGCCUGGCCGUACCCUGGAUUGCCGUUGGGGAUUUUAAUGUUCCUGCGGAAGACCUGGCUGGCACCACCAUCCCGUCAGAAGCAAAGGCUGCACUUGUGGUACCGCCGGAACCAACCACUGACCAUGGCGCCACCCUUGAUUACGCCCUUGUAAGCAAGCAGCUCAGUGGGUUAAUUUCAAUUUCAGUCCGUUGGGAUGUACCUUUCAGACCGCAUGGCUUACUGCAGCUUUCUGUCGAGGGCAGCUGUGACAUGACUUUCCCACAACUGCCACGGUACAAGCAAAUCCCUGAGAAGCCAGUCCAGCCUUUUCAGUAUGAUCAGGUCCUCAGCCCGUUGGUUUGGGAUGGCCAACAUGUGCAUGAUUCAGCCUCAUGCCGCUUUGCGGCAUGGUCGGCGGCUGUCGGCCUGGCAUUUGACAUCCAGGACGGCCAUGUUGUCCGAAGUUUCCGACAACUGGACUUACGCAGCAGGUUGUUCGUCGGCUUCGUGGUGCGCUGA